GCACCGCCCCGCACCGCUCCGCGUGUGACCGGGCCGGGCUGCGCCGCUCCCUCCCGCCCGCCGCGCCGCUCCGCUCGCUCCCGACUCCAAAAUGCCGCUUCCCAGCGUGCCCAAAGAAGUGGCCGUCGGGACGGCGAUGCUGGGGGUCGCCUUUGCUACGGGUAUGCUUGCAGGUAAAAGAUACCCUUCUUUAGUUUUUGGGACACCCAAAUCAUCCACGAGUGGGAUGAUUGGGAAAAGCAGUCCUCUCCGGCAAUACAUACUGGAUCACUCUUUGCGGGAACAUCCAAUUCUAAAGAAGCUGCGUCUGCUUACUGCUGAUCAUCCCUGGGGCAGAAUGAUGGUGUCCUGCGAGCAGGCUCAGCUUAUGGCAAAUUUGGUCAAGCUCAUUAAAGCCAAGAAAGUUAUUGAAAUAGGUGUUUUCACAGGUUAUAAUGCCUUGAAUAUGGCACUUGUCCUGCCAGAUAAUGGCCGAGUUAUUGCCUGUGAUAUAAAUGAGGACUAUGCCAAAAUUGGAAGGCCACUGUGGAAGGAGGCAGGAGUAGAGCAUAAAAUUGAUCUGCGGAUUAAGCCAGCAAUUCAAACGCUUGAUGAACUGUUGGCCAGUGGAGAAGCGGAAACCUUUGACUUUGCUUUCAUUGAUGCGGAUAAAGAAAGCUACAAUGAGUACUAUGAAAAAUGCUUGCGCCUCGUAAAGAAAGGGGGAAUAAUAGCUAUCGAUAAUGUCUUUUGGAAUGGAAAGGUGUUAAAACCAAGGAAGGAUGACUUGGCAGCGCAGCGCAUCCACCGCCUCAAUGAGAAGCUUCUCAGAGAUGCACGCAUCAAUAUCAGCAUGCUCCCAAUAGGGGAUGGAGUCACAUUAGCAUUCAAGUUGUAACUCGAGGAAGCCCAGCAGAUGGGAAAUAGCAAGCAGCAUCAAAUCAUCAGGAAAAAUGCAGGUGGAACAGUUAUCAAAAAUAGUGAUUUAAUCUAUAUCUCCACUGGAUAGCAUAGCCUGGAAAAAAAGACUUUAGAAGCAGCAGGAUGAUAAGGGCAGCUAAGUAGAGAAGAGAUUUAUUAUAAGAUCUACCAUGGUUUCUUACUUUAAUUGUAAUAAAGGAAAUAAACUUAUGUGAAAUUGUCCUUGUAA